AGCAAACACUUUCUCUUGGUGACUGAAGCAAUGGGAGCUGUGUGGGCAUUGCUGUUUUGUCUGCUGACUGUUUGGCUUGUCAAAGGCUCUUGUUUGCCAGUUGGUGGCACAAAUGAAGGACUUGAUGCGCUGCAGAGGAGAAUAAGAGAUGUGUCUCCCAAUGAUAUCUCCAUAAAGAAGGCCCUUGCACUUCUCCAGUCAAUGGAGACCAUGUUGGAGCAUAAUGCUAAAGAAGUACAAUUGGAAACCAAUGAAGUGGAAGCUGAGGCAUCAGUCGGUCACGUGAAACUUGUACAACAGACUGGACCAAAAGAGCUCAAAACUCAGAAAGAUGACUACAGUUCACACAUGGCAAACGGCAGCAUGACUCCACCGGCCAGCUACCACCACAACAAUGUAACUAUAGCCAAUGGCUUGAGGAGCAACAACGUGACUGCGGCCAGCGACCAGGAAAGAGGCAACGUGACUGCGGCCAGCGACCAGGAAAGAGGCAACGUGACUGCGGCUAGUGACCAGGAGAGCGGCAACGUGACUGCGGCCAGCGACGAGGAGAGCGGCAACGUGACUGCGGCUAGUGACCAGGAGAGCGGCAACGUGACUGCGGCCAGCGACCAGGAGAGCGGCAACGUGACUGCGGCUAGUGACCAGGAGAGCGGCAACGUGACUGCGGCCAGCGACCAGGAAAGCGGCAACGUGACUGCGGCCAGUGACCAGGAGAGCGGCAACGUGACUGCGGCCAGCGACCAGGAAAGCGGCAACGUGACUGCGGCCAGUGACCAGGAGAGCGGCAACGUGACUGCGGCCAGCGACCAGGAGAGCGGCAACGUGACUGCGGCCAGCGACCAGGAGAGCGGCAACGUGACUGCGGCUAGUGACCAGGAGAGCGGCAACGUGACUGCGGCCAGCGACCAGGAAAGCGGCAACGUGACUGCGGCCAGUGACCAGGAGAGCGGCAACGUGACUGCGGCCAGUGACCAGGAAAGCGGCAACGUGACUGCGGCUAGUGACCAGGAGAGCGGCAACGUGACUGCGGCCAGCGACCAGGAAAGCGGCAACGUGACUGCGGCCAGUGACCAGGAAAGCGGCAACGUGACUGCGGCCAGCGACCAGGAGAGCGGCAACGUGACUGCGGCUAGCGACCAGGAGAGCGGCAACGUGACUGUGGCUAGCGACGAGGAGAGCGGCAAUGUGACUGCGGCCAGCGACCAGGAGAGCGGCAACGUGACUGCGGCUAGCGACCAGGAGAGCGGCAACGUGACUGCGGCUAGCGACGAGGAGAGCGGCAAUGUGACUGCGGCCAGCGAUCAGGAGAGCCGCAACGUGACUGCGGCCAACGACCAGGAAAGCGGCAACGUGACUGCGGCCAGUGACCAGGAAAGCGGCAACGUGACUGCGGCCAGCGACCAGGAGAGCGGCAACGUGACUGCGGCUAGCGACCAGGAGAGCGGCAACGUGACUGUGGCUAGCGACGAGGAGAGCGGCAAUGUGACUGCGGCCAGCGACCAGGAGAGCGGCAACGUGACUGCCACCAAUGACAAUGGAGCUGUUGAUGAAGUCACAGAGAAGGGACCUGACCAUGUCAACAGCAGCAACGUGACAGAGGCCAGCGAUGAUGGAGCUGUUAAUGAAGCCGCAGAGAUGGGACCUGAAAGUGGCGCAGCUGUGACAAAAAUGAGUGGAGUUGGAGCUAAAACUCCAAAACUGAUCACGAACUCGCACGGUCAUGGAGAGCCCAAGUUAAAGUAG